GUGCCUCUCAAUAGGAUAUGGCUUUUGAAUCCUGGAAUAUAAUAAGCACUACCUUUAGCUAAGUCCCAAUGAACAAGAUUAUUAGAGGAGGCUAUGAAGAAGAUGGUGAUAAAGAAGAAGAGAAGAAGGUUGUCAAAGUGGCAACACUUCUUUUUGUCAUUGGAUUAGUGAUUUACCAGAUCAACAAGCCCUUACUUCCUAUGAUUCUUAAUCCAGUGGAUGAAGAAGUUCAAGGUUUAAACAAGACAUUGAGGAAGAAGGCCAAUAUAAAAGUGGGGAAGGAGAAUCAAGGUCCUGAAAGAAUGGACAAACUUUUUAUACUGAGCACAAUGCGACUGGGUCAUAGACGAACUCUACAGUUACCUAAGGAGAUAGGAAGUUCGAAUCCAAAUGAAGAACAAUCAGAUCCCAUGCUUCUUUGUAUGUCUAUGUAUCAGUAAUAUGGAACUAUCAAGUAACCAUAGGAACAAUUGCAGGCACUAGCUAUUGGUUUUAUCAUCCUGCAUGGUACUGGAGGUGGAUUCUCUAUUGCAGGAUUCUUACAAGUUACAACCUAUAGACUGCAAUCCUAGCUGUGUUUCAAGGACUUGAUGUUUUCUAUCUGGAUUUGGAUUUUUCAUCAAGCUUAUCAUUCUAAAAUAAGAUUAUGUGCAAAUU